AUGCUGCUGCGUGGCACACAGCUGCUUCGCCGGCCUCUCUGCUGCAUCCGUGCUUGGGGCCGCCUGCCCUCACGUUCCCUGAUGAACCUCCGGGAGCUGGUUUCUGCCCUGAAUGACUUUGCAUCCCUGUCUCUGGCUGAAAGCUGGGACAAUGUGGGGCUGCUGGUGGAGCCAAGCCCUCCCCACACUGUGGACACCCUUUUCCUCACAAACGACCUCACUGAGGAGGUGAUGGAAGAGGCAGUGCAGAAGAAGGCAGACCUUAUCCUUUCUUACCACCCUCCCAUAUUCACACCACUCAAGCGAGUAACGUGGAAGACCUGGAAGGAACGGCUGGUGGUCCGAGCGCUGGAGCACAGAAUCGGGAUUUACUCUCCGCAUACGGCUUACGAUGCCGUACCUCAUGGAGUCAAUAACUGGCUAACAAAGGGACUCGGUGCCUGUACUUCUGUCCCACUGCAUCCAUCAACUGCACCAAGCUACCCAGCUGAGAGCACUCACAGGGUCGAAUUCUGCACAGACAACACUGAGCAUCUGGACACAGUGCUGUCCAAAAUCAAAGACAUCCAAGAGAUCUCCUGUCUCACUACUCUCCCUGCCAGGGUUGAAGGUGAGGAGCAAACACGGGUCAGUUUGAACUGCUCUCAGAAAGCACUGUUGGAGGUGAUGGCAUUAUUGUCCCAGAACAGCCGCCUAUAUAACAAGACUGAGAUACUCUUAUUACAAAAGCCUCUUCUUCCCCAUACUGGAAUGGGACGUCUGUGCACACUGAGCGAGCCAGUCUCCUUGUCAGACAUAAUUGAGCGUAUCAAAAGCCACCUAAAAUUACCCCACAUCCGCUUAGCCAUGGGAUUGGGCAAGACACUAGAAUCACCAGUGAAAAAAGCUGCUCUUUGUGCUGGUUCUGGGAGCAGUGUCCUGAAGGGAACGGAAGCUGACCUCUAUCUCACAGGAGAGAUGUCCCACCACGCCGUUCUGGAUGCUGUUGCCAAUGGGAUAAGUGUUAUUCUGUGUGAGCACAGCAACACCGAGCGAGGCUUCUUGUCAGAGCUGCGUGACACGUUAACUAUCCACCUACAGAACAAAAUCAGCAUAAUUGUGUCUGAGAAAGAUAGAGAUCCCCUCCAGGUGGCAUAGGGAUAAAAGGAAAAAGAGUCAAGAGUUUUGUGGUCUCUUGCACAGACCUAUCCAACUGCAGGCUUCAUGAAGAUGCUCUGAACUGGUUCAGUACCAAAUAAUUGUAUAUGUUCCCUCAAAGUCUGGGAUAGACUUUGACA